AUGGACCAGAACAAAGGCUUACAAGAUUUCACGCCGAGUCGUUGGGAUCCAGCAGCGCUACCCAACCUUCCCAUCUUCAACAGACUUGUUAACCAUGCUCAUUUGCGAAACACCGUCUGCGUACGAGAUGUCGACGCCAGCAUCUCCAUGACUCAUCAUCAAUUACUAACAGGUGUUGUAAAUCUUCGAAACGAUAUCCAUGGCAAUCCUGCCUUCAGCCUUGAUAGAACAGACCAUGAAGAAUCUGAUGUCAGUAUCGGUCUGCUCGCGCCUGGAGGAUGUCAAUUCGCGGUCGGCUUCUUGGCUACUUUGGCGUUGGGCGCAGUGUGUGUCCCACUUAGUACAGCAUAUCCUCAACAGGAGUUAAGCUACUUUGUGCAAAAGGCCCGGAUCGCGUUUCUUCUCGUACAUCACGAUUGUGUCGGAAAAGUCAGAGACUUGAGAUUGUAUAUGAAGGAGAAACACGACAUCGACCUCUACUACUUGUGUCUGAAGGAUUACAUCUUGCAACCACUCAUUCCUCUGAGUACUAUCAUCAUAUCAUCACAGCAACCGCCGGAUGAAAGCCGUGCUGGCCUAGUGAUCUUCACCUCAGGCACCAGUGGCCCACCAAAAGGAGCUGUGUUAAGACGGCGGACACUUGGGAUAGGGGUUCAGAAUGUGAUCGAUCUUUACAGCAUUGAGGCUACCGAUGUCAUCAUGCAUUGCCUCCCUGUGCAUCAUGCAACGGGCAUUCUGGUGACUUUCCUGCCCUUUAUCACAGCCGGUGGGUGCGUUGAAUUUCACCACAAAUUCGAUGCUGUCAAGACAUGGGAACGAUGGGCUCGGGGAGAUGUCACCUAUUUCUCAGGAGUUCCAACAAUAUACAGUCGGCUUGUCGCUACAUACAAACGGAACUUCGAAAUCAAGGAAAAAUCGCUGGUGGAGUCGUACAAAGGAGCAGCCGCAAGAUUCAAGGGCUUUUUAUGCGGAACAUCAUCGCCCAACGCUCGGCUCCGUGAUGAAUGGAAGUUGUUGACAGGUAAACGACUGAUCGAGCGGUAUGGUGCUUCCGAGAUUGGUAUUGUUUUCUCGAUACCGCUCAAGAACAACUCCGCGGUUCCUAUUGGUUCAGCCGGAAGAACGGCUCCUGGUGUGGAUAUGAAGCUGUCCAGCUAUCCAGAAGGAGAGAUUAUGGUUAGACGACCUGACAUGCUGUCAGAGUACUUGUAUAAUCCUGAUGCUACACGCAAAGCCCUCGAUAAUGACGGCUAUUUUCGAACUGGAGAUCUUGCACGGGUUGAAGGGGAACACUAUUUCAUACUGGGGCGCAUGUCCACAGACAUUCUGAAAUCUGGUGGCUACAAGAUUUCUGCCCUAGAUGUGGAAAGAGAAAUCCUGGACCAAGAUUAUGUUGAUGAGGCUAUUGUAGUUGGCAUGGACGAUGAAGAGUUCGGACAGCGUGUUGCUGCCGCGAUAGUAUUGAAGAAGGACGUGAAAUUGAGCAUUGACAGACUCCGUAAAGAUUUGAGCCAUAAGUUGGCACGAUAUAAGCUGCCUACCGUCCUCCGUGUCGUGCAGCAAAUGCCCAAAACUCCACUAGGCAAGAUCUCAAAGGCGAAAGUGACCCAGGACUUUUUCGGACCUGGGCGAAAAGAAGGUCUCCAGAUAUGGCAGCCGCAGCAUGUCAAGUCACGUCUUUGA